UUCUGAGGCUCCAGCAGGAAACGAUCAGUGAUCAGAUCGUGAAGUGACGCCAUGAUGGAAACAUCUCUUCAGUUUCUGCUCUUUUCCUGUUUGCUGCUUUGCUGUAUAAUAAAUGAAGUCCUCCCAGCUGGUCUGACUGUGAGUCCCAGCAGAUCUCAGUUCUUUAAAGAUGACUCUGUAUCUCUGAGCUGUGAGAACAGCAGCUCUGCUGGAUGGACUGUAUGGAGGAACACAACCAGAAGAACCAGGACUCAGUGUGGAGAUAGAUGGGGGAAACCAGCUGGUUCUACCUGUAAGAUCUACGACUUGAUCCCAGAGGACAGUGGAGUUUACUGGUGUGGGUCGUCCAGAGAGGGAGCAGCCAGCAGCAGCAUCCAGCUCACUGUCACUGGUGGAUCAGUGAUCCUGCAGAGUCCUGUCCUCCCUGUGAUGGAGGGAGAUGACGUCACUCUGAGCUGUAGGAAUAAGACCCAUUCCAACCUCCCAGCUGCUUUCUAUAAAGGUGACUCCCUCAUCAGGACUGAGUCCAAAGGUCACAUGACCCUCCACCAUGUGACCAGCUCUGAUGAAGGCCUCUACAAGUGUAACAUCAGUGGUCAUGGAGAGUCUCCAUCCAGCUGGAUCUCUGUUGAAGGUCAGAAGGAUAAACAUCAAUAA